AUGGUCAACAUACUGGCAGCGGGAGUUGCUUGCGCCCUCGGCGUUGUUGUCUGUUACGUCAACCAGAGCGGUGUUCUUGUGGUUACUCUUAUCUGUCUUGUCGCGUAUCUCGCAACUCAGGCCAUCCCCGCUCUACGCACCAAGAGGCCACACCCUCCCGGCCCGCCUGGGUGGCCUAUCAUACGCAAUCUGCUCCAGAUUCCCCAGGACAACCCAUGGCUCGUCUAUUCUGCCUGGGCAGACACCUACGGCGACGUCGUCCAUCUUGAAGCCCUCAACGACCACCUCGUGAUCCUCAACACCGUUCAGGCGGCCAAGGACCUCCUCGACGGCCGGUCUACCAUAUACUCUGACCGCCCAGAGUCGGUACGUGACCUCUGCUUCGGCGUUGAAAUGCCGAUGCUGUCCUACAACGACCAGUGGCGGAGGCAGCGCAAGAUCGUCGCCCAGUCAUUCAAUCCGGGCUUGGUUCCGCGCUACUACCCGAUCCAGGAGCAUGAGGCCCGCCGCCUCGCGCAGGGAAUUCUCCAGCGCCCCGAGACGCUUGUCAGCCAGACAAAGACACGGAUCGCGGCGAUCAUCAUGCGCGUGACGUACGGCUACGCUGUCAAGGGUGAGGACGACCCGAUGAUCACCGUCCCGUUCGAUGCCAUGGUCAAUUUCGGCGCCGCGACGGAGCCGGGUGCAUGGAUCGUGGACUUUAUUCCGCAGUUACAGUAUCUGCCGCGCUGGACGCCUGGGGCGUCGUUCUUGCGCACCGCGGAGCGCUUCAAGGAGCUCGAGCACAAGGCCUCGUGGAACCCGUACCUGUGGUGCAAGCAGAGACUCCAAGAAGGGUUUACAGACACGUGUCUGGUUGCGUCCACACUGAAGGAGUUCGAAGGCAAGAUGAACAAUGAAGAUGAGGGCGCCCUCGUCUGGGCCGCAUCCUCCGGGCUCGGUGGCGGGCUGGACACGAACAUGUCCACCACGUUUACGUUCCUGCUCGCCAUGGUGCGGCACCCGGACGUCCAGGCGAAAGCUCAGGCUGAGAUCGACCAGGUGGUGGGCAGUGAGCGACUGCCGUCGAUCACGGACAGGCCGUCGCUGCCGUAUGUGAGGAGCGUGAUAACGGAAGUGUUCCGCUGGUACCCGCCUACCCCGCUAGGCCUGCCUCACGCGCUGCGACAAGACGACGUGUACAAGGACUGUCUGUUGCCCAAGUCGUCGAUCAUCAUCCCGAAUGUUUGGCGCAUGCUCCGUGACCCCAAGGUGUACCCGGAGCCUGACAUGUUCAAGCCGGAGCGGUUUGGCAAUGACGAUGGCGAGAUGCGGAAGGUGAUCGAUCUCGUCUUCGGGUUUGGUCGGCGUGCAUGCCCUGGGUCGCAGUUCGCGGAGGGCUCCAUCUUCGCGAUUGUGGCGACCAUUCUCGCGACAAGCAAUGUUGUGCCGAAGAUGGACGAACGAGGAAAGCCGAUCAUUCCUGAGAUGCAGUACACGAACGGUAUAAUAGUGUUCCCGAAGCACAUUGUGUGUGACAUUAAGCCGAGAUCGAUGCGCGCGCAGGAGCUGCUUGAGGAGUGUAUCUCUCGCAGCGAAUGA